GUGCCUAUGAGACACAAGAAGCUGACAUGACAUAGAAGGUGAAUCUCACCUCUUUUGAACGCGUCAACCAGUUUUAAAUGUUUACAUGAAAUGUUUUUCUUCUUCACCAAUGAAGCCACCACCAGUACUCAUACCUCACUGUACUUUCCCUCAUUGUUUACAGGAAAACUCCAUUUCUUCAUCCAUAAAUCCAGCAUAGUCACACUCCUGAUCUUGCUUUUCACAACCAAAUUCCCCCAUCUCAAUUCCUGUUAAGAAGCACGACUAGUCCCAUUGAUUUUUCUCUUCUUGCUCUCAUUUUAUUUAUCAAUACGGAAAAUUUCUCUCAAAACUUACAAACCACCAUGAGUAUGAUCAUGAGUCCCCACUCUUCAAUACCAUAACUUCACCAAAACAAACACAACAGAAGCCCAGCACGCAAAGUUGCACAGAGAAUGCCAAGCAUACACCUAGCAAUAAAGAAAGAAAAAUGCCCAUCUAGAAAGAAAAAUCUUCAGCUCAUCAUACUUUUAAAUUUUUGUUUUACUUUCACAAUUGUUGACAAAUUCUUGUUGUUCUCUUUGGGGCUGGUGAUGUGGGGUUUGUUGGUUUAUUCCCAAAAAAAUAACUCUCAAAAGUGUUUAUCUUAAUUAGUUGUUUGUUAUUCCAUGACACGGUAUUGUUAAUUGAGUUAGAAGAUAAUAACUUUGGCCAGAAUCUAUAGAACUUGAUCAUAAUUUGGUGAAUAACACACGACGAUCUCGUCGGAGAUAAUCUUCAAUCUGGUCUAAUAGAGGAAAGUCUUAAAAAGGGGAAAGAAACUUGUGUGGGAAAGAUGACGAUAGAGAAAAAAAUUAUAAGCUAACAGAAUAAGCUAAAAACUAAUUUGAGAAUAGAGUUGGAAAAAAAUACAGAAUUGCUCUCUCCUUUUUAAUGCUCACCAGUUAAAAAGGACAUUGCUUCAAAGUUUUUUCUGGAAAAGAGCUGCAUGUCAUUUUUUCAUUGGUUUUUUGCCAUAUCACUGAAGGUUGAACGACACGCAUAUUCUUUCAUGUACUACUUCAGCUUCUUGUGUUUGAUAGGCACAUUUUGUGUAAAGAUGGAAUGCCUAAUAGGUUAUGAAGUUAGUUUAAGGAUCUAGAUGAAAAAAGGGGACAAAUUUAAGGGGCUGUUUAUGUAUUCAACCAAUAAAGAAAUAUUUCAAAUUGAUGUUUCCAAAGUGAGCUCAUACCUUUUCCCGUACAAAACAAGACUUUUCUUUUACUGGACUCUACCCAAAAAAAAAAACAAGAUUCAAGAAUUGAAUAAAAAAGAAAACCCACAAAGCCUACUCCGUCUUACGUAGUUCUUGUUCACCUUAAAAACUUGUCCAGCACAUCAUUUUCAACAAUUUUCAGAUUAAAUAAAUGGGUGCAAUGAUCUGUGUUGUGAGUUUGACUUCAAUCUAGUUGAACCUAUCUUGAUUAAUCCCAAUUCAGGUUUUUCUGUGUCAAUGGACGAGACCCUCAUAGUCCAUGUGGAAGAAUCCAAACCCGUAGAACAGGAGCGAACUGAAUCCCAAAACAAUGAAAUUCAAGAAAAUGGAAAUGGAAGUAGCCAUGAUCAUGAUCAUGAUCAUGAUCAUGAUGAAACUAAUUUAGAUAAAACCCUUAUGAGGUUAGACUUACUUCUCACAUUGUUGGGAUUCAAUCAGUCUUCAGUUGUAAGGUUUGUGCUGUCAUGGAUUUUCUUCUUGUUAUUUGGGGUCGUGCUUCCUGUUGUGAUGUUGGAGCUCUCUAAUUGUCCUGGAUGUGAAAAGGGUCAAAUCAAAUGCUUUGAGCUGGAUAUUUUGGCUUCUCAGGCUCUUCUUGCCGCUGCAUCCUUGAUUUGCCUUUCACAUAACCUUCGCAAGUAUGGAAUCCGGAAAUUCCUCUUUGUUGAUCGCUACAGUGGCCAUAUGGAGCGUUUUAGUGACCAAUAUCUUAACAAAAUCUCUGAUUCUGUUCGCUUGCUAGUAUUGUGGGUGUUCCCAUGUUUCCUUUUGAAGACUGCACGUGAAAUAAUUCGCAUUUUGUACGUGCAUCAUGAGUCAUGGUGGCAAUCGGCUGCUAUUUCAUUAGCUUUUAUUUCAUCAUGGACUUAUAUUACUGCAAUUUUCCUGUCAGCUUGUGUUUUAUUCCACCUGGUCUGCAAAUUGCAAAUUAUACACUUUGAUGACUAUGUGAAGCUUUUGGAAAGGGAGCCUGAAUGUGUUGUUUUGAUACAAGAACACGUUCGUCUACGUUAUCAUCUCUCCAAAAUUAGUCAUAGAUUUCGAAUCUAUCUUCUGCUGGAGUUCUUAAUUGUCAUUGUGAGCCAUUUUGUGACUCUCUUCCAGACAACUGGUUAUACCGGGCUGAUCACUUACAUAAAUGGUGGUGAUUUUGCAGUCUCCUCAGUUGUUCAGGUGGUAGGGGUGAUCCUUUGCUUGAAUGCUGCUGCAAAAAUAUCCCACAGAGCCCAAGGUAUUGGAUCAGUGGCAAGUAGAUGGCAUGCUUUGGCUACAUGCACUUCAGGUGAAGCGUCCCAAAUGAGAAACUCAACUAGCAUGAGUAACCUGGAGGUUAACCGGUCUAGCUCAUUCUAUAUGAACUUCUCAGAGAGCGAUUUGGAGUCUCUAGAUUUUGUAACUGAACCGACAAAUACGCAAUUGGCUUCUUACAUGUCCUCGUACCAAAAGAGACAAGCCCUAGUGAUGUAUUUGCAGAACAAUCCUGGGGGAAUUACCAUAUUUGGAUGGACAGUUGAUAGAGGUCUCAUCAACACAAUCUUCUUCAUUGAAUUGACAGUGGUAACGUUCAUCCUCGGAAAGACCAUUGUUUUCACGGGUCACUAGCUUCUCAAUAUUUUGCAAAGAUGAUGAUUAUAUCGGUUGUCCUGAUUGCUGCUGACACCUCUAUCUGAGUUCAUGGUACUGGAAUAGACAAUAUCACCUCAAUCUAUCGGCAAACAGGAGGGUCUCAACUGAAUCAAUGUUGCUUUUGAUUAUUCAUCAAGUAUAUUCCAAAGCUAAAAGCUUAUCCAAUCCUUCUUUCCGUUCCAAACAUAUACAUACUCACCCGUUCUAGGUGCUGAUGCUGGCAAUUUCUAAAUUGUUUUGUUUCAUCCUUCUUGCUCCAUUGAAGUUACCCCUGUUGCUUUUGAAAAAAGGUGAGGUUGAGGAGUGUUGUAGCAAGAAUAGAAAGGAAAUGAAUGAAGGAUGGUUUCUGCAUGAAGGAUGUAACUUGCCUCAAGAUAUGAGUAUCAACGGUCCUCAUGUUCCUAUUGUAUAUGUCUAGUAAUUUGGUUUUGUCAUCUUUACAUUUCAUGUAUUUGUCAAUCUUGGCGACUUUUUUCUGCUUUUGAGCAAGGAGCCAUUAAUGCAAAACAGACAGUUAAAAGUA